AAUUUAGUUACACGUGGAGUUUAUAGAUUGAAUGAUUGUGUCACAAAGUUAUCCAUUUAUUUUUUGAAACUAUAAACACUUCUAAUGGGUCUUAGAAGUGCAUACAAUUUUUUAAAAAUUAUUUGAUAAUUCGUGAAAAAUGUUUACAAUUUCAUCUUACAAUGUCUCUCCCCCAACUCGAAUGACACGUAAACCGUCAACUUGUGCAAGAAUCUGACCCUGUCCAUGAUUGUCAAGUCCUAGGUCAGCAACCUCAUCUCCCUUAAUAAUUCGGUUCAUCAUGUUCCAGGAUUCAACCUCUGCAAUUAUGGCGAUUUCAACUUUGUUCAUCUUCCUCAUCUCUUCCAUCCUUUUGAUCGUUAUUCCCUUCAACACUGCUCAGAUGUCUUUCGGCGCAGACAACUUCACAGCCAACAACACCUUCUCCCAAAACUGCCGCCAAAUACUCUCUUCUCUCGCCUCCAACGUCUCGGCCAACGGUGGCUUUUACUUCAACACCCUCGGGAAGGACAACGCCACCGUCUACGCUCUCGGACUCUGCCGCGGAGACUUUCCAACUGACCGAUGCUUCAACUGCAUCGACACCUCGAGCCGAAACAUCAUCGAGAAUUGCGCGAGCAAGACGGAAGAUGUGGAUUGGGGAGACCCUGAUCGCUGCACUGUGAGGUAUUCCGACAAGUCGUUUUUCAGGGGAAUGUCUGACUACCCGAAGAUUUGCGUGUAUAAUACAAACAACAUCUCCAACGACGUCGUGGACGAGUUUCAGCGGGCCAUCGAUGAUUUGGUUGACCGCCUUGUGAUCAAGGCUUCGAAGGGUUUUUCCAAGCUCAAGUUUGCGACGGGGAAGACGAACUUCACGGUGUAUGAUGAUAAUAUCUAUGGUCUUAUGCAGUGUACGCCGGAUUUGUCGUCGGCCGACUGCGAUAAAUGUUUAAGAGGAGCUGUACAGUACUACCGAAAAUGCAGUAGGAGGGCGACAGCAAAUAAUAUUCUUAGUCCCAGUUGUAUUUUUGAGUAUGAUUUGAGGCCGUUCUAUGAAUCUACAGCUUAUGAUAUUUCCCUGGCGCCGCCCCCUGCGGUUGCUUCUGCUCCGGUCCCGCCUCCUCAUCAAACGCCACCGCCGCCAGGGAAGGGCGAGAAAAACAGUACAAACACAUUGCGGAUUGCUAUCAUCGUUGUUGUUGUUCUGACGAGUAUCUGUUUGAUACUUAUCACCCUCGCUUGUGGCUUUUUCUAUAUGUGGAAAAAAGAAUCUGCAGUCAACAUUGCAGGAAGGGGCCGACGAUCUGGUUCACCGGAAACCAUGGCUUGGUUAAGAGCUGCUACAAAAUUGUUUAGCCAGUCGAGACAGGGCAGUGUGAAUCAUGCUGGUGGGGAUGAUUCUGAAAAUGUGGAUUCGUUGCAAUACGACUUCGACUCAAUAAGGGUGGCAACGAAUGACUUCUCCAACGCCAACAAGCUUGGAGAGGGUGGAUUUGGUCCUGUAUACAAGGCAAGGCUAGCAAAUGGACAAGAAGUAGCCGUUAAACGAUUGGCCAGUCAUUCUGAACAAGGCGAAGCACAAUUCAAGAAUGAGAUUGUUCUAAUGGCCAAUCUCCAACACAAGAAUUUAGUAAGGCUCCUCGGCUUCUGCCUGCACAACAAAGAGAGGCUUCUCAUCUACGAGUUGCUGCCCAAUGCUAGUCUUGAUCGCUUCAUUUUUGAUCCAAUCAAGCGGCUGUUACUAAGUUGGGAAACACGUCACAAGAUCAUAGUUGGCAUUGCACGAGGAAUUCUCUAUUUUCACCAAGACUCUCAGCUCAAGAUUAUCCACCAUGAUCUCAAAGCUGGUAAUGUUUUGCUAGACAGUGAGAUGAACGCCAAAAUCUCAGAUUUUGGCAUGGCAAGGUUGUUUGCUGCUGAGAUGAGCAAAGGCAAUACUAAAAGAAUUGCUGGGACCUUGGGCUACAUGCCUCCGGAGUACGCAAAAUACGGUCAAUUCUCCAUUAAGACUGAUGUUUUUAGUUUCGGUGUCAUAAUCCUUGAGAUCAUCACUGGCUUGAAGAACAAGGAUUGCAGCAACCCGGAGUCUGCCGAGCAUCUCAUAAGCUAUGAUUCAAGCUGUGCAACUAUGGCCAUUUCAACUUUGUUCAUCUUCCAAAUCUCUUCACUGCUCAGAUGUCUUACGGCGCAGACAACUUCACAGCCAACAGCACCUUCGCCCAAAACUGCUGCCAAAUACUCUCUUCUCUCGCCUCCAACGUCUCCGCCAACGGGGGCUUUUACGUCAACACCCUCGGGAAGGAUAACGCCACCGUCUACGCUCUCGGACUCUGCCGCGGAGACUUUCCGACUGACCGAUGCUUCAACUGCAUCAACACCUCGAGCCGAACCAUCAUCCAGAAUUGCGCGAACAAGACGGAAGAUGUCGGAUGGGGAGACCCUGAUCGCUGCACUGUCAGGUAUUCUAACAAGUCAAUUUUCAGGGGAAUGUCUGACCAGCCGGAGCGUUCCGUGUAUAAUACAAACAACAUCGCCGACGACGUCGUCGACGAGUUUAAGCGGGCCAUCGAUGAUUUGAUUGGCCGCCUUGUGAUCAAGGCCUCGAAGGGUUUUUCCAAGCUCAAGUUUGCGACGGGGAAGACGAACUUCACGGUGUAUGAUGAUAAUAUCUAUGGUCUUAUGCAGUGUACGCCGGAUUUGUCGU